CCGCCGGCUCAGCUAUAAGCCGCUUCCUUGUCGCCCGACCUCGCUCGUUCUCGCAGGCGCCAACCCCCCUCGCUUCUCGUCUGUAGUGUCGGCGGCGAGGAGGACUCGCGUUCGGGCGGCGUGUUAAAAGAACAAGAAGUCUGGUCGGGGCAGGGCAGGGAUUGCUGGAGGAGUUCUCGGUGAGGCUCUUCUGCAGCGGCUCGGACUGGGUCCAAACAAUGAUGUCUGCAGCUGUCCAGCAGGUCGCUGGUGGUUUCUCAUCAGCAGUUAUCCAACGUGUUGUGGACAAGACGAUGGACUUCCUUGGGGGCAACUAUAAUUUGAGCCAUGCUACUGAAGAGCUUCUGGCCAAACUCCGCACAAGCCUCAUCAUGGUGAAGGCCAUAACUGAGGUGGCUGACAAUCAGAUUAUCAUCAACACUAGUCUUACUGAGUGGUUGAGGAACCUUCAUAAUGCUGCCUAUGAAGCGGAGGAUGUGCUGGACAGAUUUGAUUGCCAUGAGAUAGUCACGGGAAAGCGCAAGGUGAGCGAACUCAUAUCGUCAUCGGUUAGGGCCCUGAAAGGUUUGAUUGUGCCUGAUGAGAGCAUGACACUGCUCGAAUCUGUUGUGCAAAAGCUAGAUCACCUUUGUAACACAUCCAUCACAUUUUUGGAGCUCAUAAAGCAGAGUAGGUCAACAUCCAUCAAGGAGGAGGGAGUUGGGGGAGAGACUACUUCUCGUGUUCCAGUUGAUGUCAAGGUAUUUGGGCGCGAUGAAGUUUUAGAGUUGAUAAUGAAAAUUAUUUUGGGUUUAUCUAGCUCUGAACCAGAAUCCAGCGGAAUAAGAGCAAAACUUGGGGAAAGGUACCGCAUUAGUGGUGUUGAUGUUAUCCCAAUUGUUGGUAUGAGCGGGGUUGGGAAGACAACCCUUGCUCAAGUCAUUUACAAUCAUGGAAAGGUGAAGGACCACUUUACUCAGAGAGCAUGGGUGUAUGUUUCAAAACACUUUGGUGUCAAGAGAACAUUGCAAGAGAUGUUGCGCUCUUUGAAAGGAAAUGAUUCAUCUUUUGACUAUGCUGAUAGUCUGGAAACAAUUGUCAACAACAUUCAAAAUGUCAUCCAGCAGGAAGGAAGAUUCCUUCUUGUGCUAGACAGUGUUUGGGAUGAGAUGUGUGACCAGUGGAGUAGUUUGCUUAUUGCCAUAGCUUGUGAACUGCCGGGAAGUGUAGUUCUUGUCACAACACAAAGCAAAAGGGUUGCAAAAACAGUGGCAACAGUGUGUCAAGUUCCACUAGAACCUUUGCCAUGGGAGAGUUUUUGGCCAGUUUUCCAGUAUUAUGCAUUUGGCACAACCAAUGUUGCGGUUGAGAACAACCAGACUCUUCUGUUAAUUGGUGAACAAAUAGCAAAAAAACUAGGUGGUCUGCCAUUAGCAGCAAAAGUAAUGGGAAAUCUGUUGAGAUCCAGAAUAACUGCAGAUCAGUGGAAAAGGAUCCUAGAGAGUGAUUGGUGGGACAUGAGGGAAGUUAUUCGUGAAAUCCUUCCAUACAUGGGAAUUAGCUAUCAAGAUCUUCAACCUAAACAAAGGCAGAGCUUUGCUUUCUGUUCGAUUUAUCCAGAAAAUUACUUGUUUGACAAAGAUAGAUUGGUCAAUAUGUGGAUUUCUCAUGACUUGAUUGAACAAAGCGAAUCUGAUGACACUAGAUUAGAGGAUAUUGGAAGCAAAUUGUUUGAUGAACUUGUGGAAAGAUCAUUUUUCCAGGCUACAUUUGACAAAAAGUGGUACACUAUGCAUGAUCUAGUCCGGGCUCUGGCAAUUGGUGUUUCUUCAUAUGAAUGCUUCCUUCACAAAGAGACCUCACGCGGCGCAUCAGCAAAUGUUCGCCACUUGGCUCUGCAAGUCAGUAAUCAACUGCACAUUCAUGAACUCAACAAGUACACAAAUCUGCGGACAAUCUUAUUGUUUGGUCAUUGUGACAGUGAUGCAAUUUGUGAUGUUAUCGACACAAUGUUGGCCAACUCAAGAAGUAUUCGAGUGUUAGACUUGUCUCAUUUGGAGGUCCUGACGAAUAUGCCGUCAAACAUUGCAUCCUUGAGAAAAUUGAGGUUCCUUGAUCUUUCUUUCACAAGAAUCAGCAAUUUGCGCAACUUACCUUCCAACCUUCAAGUUCUAUACCUCCAUGGAUAUGCCCGGAAUAGUAUUCCUCAAAGCAUAAAUAGGCUUGCCAACAUACGACACCUUUAUGUUGGUGCUACAGCUCUCUCUCUGAUUCCUGGUAUUGGGCAACUAAGUCAACUUCAAGAAUUGAAGAACUUCAGUGCUGGAAAGAGAAAUGGGUUCAUGGUAAGUGAGUUGAAGAACAUGCAAGAGUUAUCUGGGAAACUUUGCAUCAGCAACAUCCACAUCAUUAGGAGCAAGCAUGAGGCAAUGGAUGCCAAUAUGUCUGAGAAGAAGCACCUUCAGGCCUUGGAAUUGAAGGGUAGAAAUGUAUCCAAAGAUGUACUUGAAGGAUUGCAGCCACACUCAAAUCUGCAAGAGCUCAUGAUUGAAGGCUACGGGGCCACUACUUUACCAAGCUGGAUGUUGCAAGGUCACAUCUUUACAAAACUUCAGUCCCUUCAUGUUGGAAACUGUCGACUUCUGGUUGUACUUCCACCAUUUGGAAAAUUCCCUUCACUCAAGCAUCUCACCCUAGAUAACUUGCCGUCAGUAAGGCAUGUUGAUGGAACAUUUUUUGGCUGUCUCCCAAGUUUGGAGGACUUGACUAUUUCUUCGAUGACAUCAUGGACAAAAUGGUUACAUGCCGAAGAAGAUCAUGGCCCUCUCCUUCAACACGUCACAAGGUUUCGACUUCACAAUUGCCCUUCACUGAAAGAAGUGCCGUAUCUAUCUUUCAUAUCUUCACUGUCAGAACUUGACAUUUCAGCUUGUGGGGACUUUGUCAAGGCACUGCCACAGUAUGUACAACUCUUGGCAUGUCUCAAAAAAUUAAGUAUGUCUUACUGCGAUCACCCAGUGCUAUUCUCUGGGCAUCAGUUGAAGUCACUUGAGUAUCUAUAUCUUAGAAAAUGUGGAGGGCUACGUUUGCUUGAUGGGUUACAUUGCUUUCCCAGCCUCAGGCAAGUCAAUGUUUAUGGUUGUCCAGACAUUCUUACUGAAUUCUCAGACCAAUCAACUAGACAAGAUGUGCAAGCUGUACCUCGGCUCACCAAUAUGAUUACCGAUCAGAGCCUGCUAAAUAGAAAUGGUUUUCUGCCCUCGGUGCAAGAUUUGCUUGUUGCUUUUAUAGAUGAGCAUUAUUUUACCCCAGAGCAGGAGGAAUGGUUUGAACAACUAAUCUCCCUCGAAAAAAUCGAGUUUGGUUUCUGUAAUUUUCUUCAACGUCUCCCUUCUACACUAGCCAGACUUACCUCCUUAAAAGUACUUCACGUCAAAUGGACAAACCCAUUAUCACUGGAAGGAGUUGUGCCUCAUAAUCUCCAAGAAUUAGUCAUGCAAGAGGUUACAGUUGAGACAGAAAAUAAUUUCAAACCUGGAGGAUCAGAAUGGGUGAACAUUUGUCAUGUUCCAUAUAUUCGGCUUAACAAGAAGACAGUCCAGAAUCGGGCAAAUGAUGCUGCUUCAUCGUCUUCAACCCACCAAAUUUGAGCAACCAUCUUUCUGUUAAACUCGUCUCCAUCUGCACUACAAAUAAUAUUUCUAUCCCAACUUCUAAUACUUUGUGAUGUGUAAUCUUUGUCAGUCUUGUGGAAGCAAGGUUGCGGCAUGCUCACUGCACUUGGCCUGCAGAGAUGGUGCGUGGAUAAACUCUGGCUGGCUGGUGCACCCCUGUCAGCCGGUAGUUCUUAGAGGAUGAUCAAGGAGAAGGAGACUGACGACAUGCGCACAUGAAGGGCAUCAAGGAAUAAGUGGCAGGAUUAUGUUCCGGUCUUCUCUGUUGCUGCUGGUCCCUCGGACUCCGGUGUGGAGGAGGAUAUAUAGGGAGACCGUCCUCACCAAGGUUGUGCACACCAGGGUGUUUGAUCGAGAUGGCGCCGCUGACGGUGGACGAUGCACUCAAGCAGUAUGUUGUAAGCUUUGCAUCUGCAGUGGAGGGGAGGUAACCAACAUGCUGUUCAGGAAGAAAAGAGGGAGGAUUCAGAUUCGUCGGAAUACUCCUUUGCCGGCUGACACCGGUGCCGAGCUGAGCUGCAGAUGACAAUGCCUACUCAUCUCGUAGUUCAUCUGUUUAAAUUCAUGGUGUGCGUCUCUUGGUGCUGUCCCUGAUGUGUUCAGAUCGGCAAACCGUCGUGUAGCCAUGUAGGUGAGUAGCUGAUUAGCAGUUUUGUUACGUUCCCACACAUAGCUCUUGUUACACUAUGAUGCCCUUUCCUACCUUGGAUUCGAUCACAUUGUUUCGAAGGACCCUCGGUCGGGUUUGUGAUACAUAAUCUGCACAAGAUCUGAACAGCAAA